UGAAGAUCACCUGCCUGCUCUAUUAAAAGCUAUUCAAAGGUCUCACCACUUGCCAAGGACAAUGUAGGUAGUCUUCAUGGAGGAUGUCUCUCUUAUGCGCUCUAGAUUUUGUUACAUAACUAAGAGGGAGGGUAGAUUUAAAAGGUAGUAUAUACUAACUACAUGCCAUUGUUCAGCCACAGCUGGAUCAACAUCAAGAAUACUGAGGGCAGGGUUGUAUUGCACGCCUCCUUUACAGUGAGCUCUCGCGAGCGAACACCAGAUCUAACAACGCCUGGUGGUGGACUGAUAAGAUGCAGACCAUAAAGUGUGUGGUGGUGGGUGACGGUGCGGUGGGAAAGACUUGCCUGUUGAUCUCCUACACCACCAACAAGUUCCCUUCGGAAUACGUCCCCACGGUGUUUGAUAACUAUGCGGUGACCGUGAUGAUUGGAGGGGAGCCCUAUACUCUGGGGCUGUUCGAUACAGCAGGUCAGGAGGACUAUGACAGACUGCGACCACUCAGCUACCCCCAGACAGACGUCUUCCUUGUGUGUUUCUCUGUCGUAUCGCCCUCCUCCUUUGAGAACGUCCGCGAGAAGUGGGUCCCAGAGAUCUCCCACCAUUGUCCGCGUACACCCUUCCUGCUGGUGGGAACCCAGAUGGACCUGAGGGACGACAGCAACACAGUGGAGAAGCUGGCUAAGAACAAGCAGCGGCCCCUGGCCCCCGAGAGCGGAGACAAGCUGGCCCGGGACCUCCGGGCUGUCAAAUAUGUGGAGUGCUCCGCACUCACCCAGCGAGGUCUGAAGAACGUGUUUGACGAGGCCAUCCUGGCUGCGCUGGAGCCGCCAGAGACCAAGCCCAAGAAACGCUGUGCACUCUUAUAAAACAUUUUUAAAUGGGGCCAAAGAGCCAGGGGAAAGACCGAAUUUAAAAGACAGACAGGCGGACACAGGAACAGACAGGGAGGGGUGUAACGCUGGGAGGGGUGUAGAGGGAGGGAGCAAGAGAGGACAAGUGAGACAUUCGUUUAACAGUGCCUUCAGCGAUAGAGGUGGGGAUGGGCGAUGUUGGGUGGAUAGGUAACAAACAGACAGAAAUAAAUCACAAUGUGUAAUAGAAUGUAUAUCUAUGGUUCUGGUAAUAAGCUGAUCAAUUCUCUUCCUAACCAGUAUAGUCCUUCUUAAAAGGAGACCGACUGAGCAAUAUAGGGAAGAGACAAGGUUUUGAAACCUCUAUUGCCUUAUAGUUACAGGACAAACGAAAUGGGUUUGACAAAAAGAGGUAGAGACUGUGUGGAGUUUAUUUUGUAUUUGAUGAUACUAAAAACUGACUGGAAAAAUUUGCUUAAGCCGCGCAAUCUUGACGUUCACACACGCCUGCUUUACUCCAUUCAACCCAAAAACGGCUUCUCUCUUUCAAACUGCCCGCCAUAGUUUUGAAAAUCCUGCGUCUUCAAACAUGAACUAUUCAGCUUCACUCGCUAUCUGCCGUCACCGCUCCAAUGGGAACUACAAGCGCUUCUUACUUCCUCUUGGUUUUCACUGCUCCCUAAAGGCAAUAACAUGAACUGAAUUCCCACUCGCUUUUUUUGUUGUUGCCAUUUAUUGUUUUAGAGAUGAUGGUGUAUUAUUGAUGAUAAUAAGAGUAUUAUAUAUUUUUUGGCUCUUUAUUUCUGGGGUACCCCUAGUGGAUAAUGGUUUGGACUAUUUUAGUUUUUUUUAUAUAUAUAUUUUUAUUAUUAAUUUGAUGGUUGUGUGCCAAUGUGUUGAGUGUCACUGGUUUCAUUUGACAUAACAAUCAUAAUUUGCCUCUAAUGACUAUGUAGCUGGAUGUGAUGUCAGUAGUAAUAACAGCAAAAAGCAAUAAUGGUUAUGAGUAACAAUAAUAGCUCUUUUGAAGCAUCCUCAUCUGGUUGUUUGAAAUAAAUAAAAAUACUUGAACUUAAA